AUGGCAGUUGAGGAAGACACACCCGAUACUCAACUGCACAUGACGCGAAUGCCUAGUUUUCUUAGCCUCGCCACAUCCUACGGACUACGUCCCAAUGCUGGAUAUGGUGAUGGUAUCAUAAUUGGGUUUGUCCACACGAGAAUUUGGCCGAAAAAUGCAGGCUUCCGUGACGAAAGACUGUUGCCCUUAACAACAGCAAAUGGUGAGGAAUCUGCCAAGAAGGCAUCAAUUUCUCCACCGAUGACUGCAACAACAAAAUCAUUGGUGCCCGCUUCUUUGCCUCCAGAAUCAAUGCUCUUAUCGGUCGGCGAGUCGAUGGCGAUGGGGAGUACAAGUCCCCACGAGAUGCUACAGGCCAUGGAUCAGUUGUUGCUUCAAUUGUCGUUGGAGCUGAGAUUUCCAAUCUGUACUUUAACAAAUACUCUUGCUGCAAUUGAUGCUGCCAUCUUUGAUGGUGUAGAUUUGUUGUCAGUCUCCAUGGGAAAUAACUCUCCCAAGCCAUUUUACAAUAAUGUUUACAUGAUUAGUACAUUGAAAACUGCUCAAAAGGACAUUUUUGUGACAUUCGGCGCAGGGAACAUGGGCCUGACACCAUUAACAAUAGUGAACUCGGCUCCCUGGGUGACCACUGUUGGCUCCAGCACCAUUGACAGAACCUAUCCUGCAAAGGUCCGACUCGAAAAUGGAGAACAAGUCCCCGACAACUCUCUCUACUGUGGUAGAUCAAUCACUGAUGAUGCUUUUCCCCUCCAAUUCUAUAGCACUUGCACCUAUGACAACGUACCUUCAGAUUCUAUCAAGGUCAUCGGCGGAGAAAUUGCUGCUUUCUUGGCAGAUUCCUCACCAUUUGCUGCUGUUAAGUGGCAACAGUCCUUUGUCAUGGAAGCCUACAUUCUCCGGCCAAAUUCCCGUAUAAACAAACCCAAUUAUGAUACCAUUACCACACCCAGCAUUGGGAUGUAG